AUGAAGCUGAAAGGUAGCAAUGGACUGCUGGAGCAAGUUCGUACAUGCGAGGAGGAGCGGAAGCUAGUUGACCAGCUACGAGACAUUGGUCUCGACGAGUACAUCGAAUUGCCGCAAAUCGCCGUUAUGGGGGACACUUCCAGUGGCAAGUCGUCCCUGUUAUCGGCACUAUUUCGGACGAGUGCCAACGAUGAAGACAAAAACAAGAAACGUGAAGAAAACGAAAGCUUUGAUAGCGUGGAAGACGUCCCUGAUGCUAUAACGAAGCUUACCAAGCAGCUUGUAUCUGAGGGCCAGUACAUUAGCGAUGAUGAAAUUGUCAUUGAGAUGAGUGGCCCUCACUUACCUAAUCUCACGCUCACGGAUCUACCAGGACUUGUGCGCACGGUGGGUGAUAACGAAGACCAGAGUAUCAUUUCGAGGAUUCGGCACAUGGUCAAUCGAUAUAUGCAGCAGGAACGCACUAUCAUUCUCGCUGUCGUACCAGCUAAUGUGGAUAUGCAUAAUACGGAGAUACUGCAAGCAGCACAGGAAGCCGAUCCGAGUGGUACUCGAACUAUCGCUGUGAUAACAAAGCUGGAUUUGGUGGAUACUGGUGCCGAGAUAGGUGUUCAUGAAUUACUGCUGAACAAGAAGAAGUGCAUGAAGCUUGGCUAUCAUGCCGUCAAAUGCCGCAGUCAACUAGAGCUGACAAACGGCACGACGAUUGCAAAGAGUGUGGCGAAUGAGAUGUCAUUUUUUAGUGAGCAUCCUUAUUGGCGUCGACUACCACAACAUUUGUGGGGUGGGUCAAAAUUAAUCGAACGGUUGGUGUCCAUCUUGCAGGACAAUGUCCGUCGGUCAUUGCCGAAGGUGAUUGAAGAGCUAGAAACGCGCAUGGUUGAAACGCAGCAGGCAUUGUCGAGGUUGGGCUUGCCACUAGAGACACCUGGUGCUCAGCGCCAGCGCUUCGGCAAGUGGGUGAAUCAAUAUUUGCGCAUGAUGGAAGCUGCAAUAAACGGGCAGUACGAAUUGUUGCCUCCUGUUGUUGUUUCACCAAGUAGUGUCAAGUCGGAAGCACGCUUGCGAGCUGUACUGAGGCAGAAGGACUUGAUUUUUCGGGCUGAAAUUGAAGCUAAAAAGGAAAAUGACGUUCUUGGGACGAGUGAUCCGUUGUCUUCAGCAAAGUCAGAUUCGUAUGCAGGAGACAAGAUACCAAAAGCUGAUGUUGCUGUCGGGGACCGCGUCGUUGUGCAAGCUGGGGACCAAGAAGUGGUAGUUUGCAAAGUCAUGAAGACGAAUGGUACAGAUGUGCUAUGCGAAGAAUUGCCACACGAGUGGUUGAGUGUUUCGCGUUGGCAAUUUUUCGAGGAGAAUGAAUCGUGGGCUCUGAAACAAUUUAUUCAGGCGAAUCGGGGCGACGAACUCGCCAUCUUCCCUUCCUACCGCAUCUUUUGCAGCUGUGUUCAGCGAAGCGUGAGAGAAUGGGAGCGGCCUGCUUUGCAGCUACUCGAGCACUAUUACACACAAACUUUAUCGGUUUCGAGUCAUUUGAUCUCGGUACCUCUAAAAGAUUGUGGUAAUGUGCGCAGUGAACAAUUUUUCAAGGAAACAAAUAAGCGAGUCCUCAAAAAGCUGAUAGAAGGUACUCGACAGGAGCUGAUCUUACUAUUACAACAGGAAGCUCGGCCAUACACACAAGACAAACGUCUCUACGACGCACUGGACCGACUUCGUCAACGAGCUUUAAGUGCCCGACUAAAAGCUGCACUUCCAUGUGGAGAUGAGUAUGGUCGAGUAUCGUUGGAUGACGUCGCGUGUGCCCUGGGAGAAAUUUCAUCGAAACCAUUUGCUAUGUCUGUGGAUGAUCGUGAAGCGCUGGAGAUGAAAAUUGCUUUGUCUGCUUAUCUGGAAGUGGCUUCACACCGGUUUGUCGAUAUGGUGCCUAUAAAGCUAAACGGACUUCUGUUAAAGUCUUUUCUUCGUGAAAUGGAGAAUGAAUUGCUGAAAGCAGCUUCGGAUGAAAAGGUGGCGGAGUUAUUAGAAGAAAGUAGUGACAAGGCGAUGCGCCGUCAGCAGCUUCUCACCCAGUUGUCCAGUUUAAAGAAAGGAAAGAAUAUCAUUGAAACGAGGCUUAAUCCAAGACAAAAGCUCAAUGGCGAUCUUCAAACGUGA